AUGCGAAUCUCAUUUGUUGCCCUGAUAUCCGUGCUGGCCUUGCAGCCGCAGCAUACGCUAUCUAGAUCUAUUAUACCGCGGGACGGAAAAGGGGACUUUUUUACCCCCAUUGGUGUGGCUGUUGGAAACGAACCUACAUCACAAGUGGGUUGCGUUGCGAAAUUCCAGCUCACUCCAUCUUCGCCUGUAGCGACGCUCGAUUACGGAUCAGAAGUGGCAGGAUACCCAGUCUUUAAUGUACAUGCCGUAUCUGGUAAAGUACAGAUCGAGGUGAAGUAUACAGAAGAGUUUCGUGGUCUGAAUAGCAACUACUCGGAUGGACCCUUCACAUUUUCAAUCGGCCUGUCAAAUACUUACCGCGUGGAAACGUUUGAGGUGACGGAAACUGGGCCUCUACAAGCAUACCUACUGCAAGGUGGUCAAAGAUGGCAAUCUAUACGAUUGCUGACUUCAGGGAGCAUCACUUUCUCUUCGGUGGGGUUUGAAGCUUCCAUUCCAAAGAGUGACAUUGAUAAUCUUCCUGGAUCGUUCGAGUCUGACGACAACAAUCUAAAUCACAUAUGGUCACUAGGCGCUAAAUCUGUGGCAGUUGCGUGUUUGGAAAAGGGAACACAAAAAGCAAUAUGGGAUGUUGGUAAGGACGGCGCUUUCGUCCGUGGAAUGAGGGCUGGUUUGAGCGAUCAGGGAGCUUUCUUGAAGGACUACACCUUGGAAUUUGAAGCAAAGAUCGAGAGAGCAGGUUUGGGUUGGGCUAUAGCGCAUCCAUUAGCAUCGCCCGCGAAAGGUAUCCAACUCAAUCUAGUUGGUAAUCUGCCUCCGGAAACGAGCUUCAUUAACACGAAUACAUCGCUCACCCCACCCAACUCCACCUGGCACACGAUCAAGACGUCUCUUUCUAAUGGCCAAUACAUCGCCGUGGCCAUAGAUGAAACACAGAUCUUCAACGUUUCAUUGAAGAACUACUACGUCGGUGGAGCCGCUAUUCCUACCAAUGGAUCAUUCGGAUUCGGGGGCUUACCAGAUCAAUCCGGCUAUUUUAGGAACGUUGUUGUCUCUGACACUGUCAACAAGACGGUACUUUACAAGAACGCAUUGACGGAUCCGAGCAAGGUGAUUGCUGAGUAUGGUGUCCACGAGAACUACGGUUCUGUUUGCCUUGACGGACCUAAGCGCGACCGUCUGAUAUGGCUUGGUGACUACUACCACACCAUCCGCGUCAUCGGUGCAAGCACCUCCAGGUACGACCUUGCCAAGGGUACGCUGGAGCUUUUCCUCGACUGGCAGAGUCCUAGCGGGCUUUUACCUUACAACCCCUACAUGAGCUACGACCCGUCGACGGCUUUCGAUGCAUUUAAUCGGGGUGGUAUUGGUGCUGUUGCCGGCCGAGAGGUCUGGAGUCUGAUUCUGACAGACUAUCAGAUUCUUGGUCUGUUGUCCAUGACGGACUAUGUCCGGCUUAGCGGUGAUUUGGACUUCGUGAGACGGACUUGGUCGAAAUGGCAGCUUCAGGUUGAUUGGCUACUCAAUCAGAUCAGUCCCUCAACAGGUCUUCUUGCGCUCAUUGGUGGUUUCUUGGGCCCGUCCAAUGGGGACUCUGCGAGCAGCUGCGCCCUCGUUCAAGCUUUCCACAAUCUUGCAGAUAUCGCUGAGGCGCUCGGCGAUACUGCAGCAAAAACCAAGUACCAGACAGCGGCAGUGGCAUUGAGUGAUGCGAUCAACAAGUACCUGUGGAAUGCGUCACUUGGGCUCUACUCUCUAUCCACGGCGUCAAUCGGCAACUACUCUGUCAAUGGCAUGGCAUUUUGCAUCACUUCAGGAACCGCAAAUGCAACACAAAGCGCGCAACUCCUGUCAGCCCUACCGAGUCUGAAGCUCGGGCCUGGAUACAGGGACUCAACACUCGUCAACGUGUCUGACCCAUCCACGAAUAUCUCACCGAAUACUAAUGGUUUCCUGCUGGCAGCAUUGCUAUCCCAGCGAACGAUCAGCGCGGCCCAAACAUCAAUGGAACUCAUGCGCAGUCUCUGGUUACCAAUGCUGGCCAACAGAGAAACCAGCACGGGCGCCAGCUGGGAAUAUGUAAACGUGGGGGGAGAUCCUGGUCUAGGCUUGUACACCAGCCUUGCACAUCCUUGGGGGGGUGCUCCGACGUAUCUUCUCACUGAACAUGUAGCCGGUAUUCAAACUGCUAAAGGGCCCAGCGGUUUUGGUUAUCAAAACUGGGUGGUUGAUCCUUUUGGUGGCAUCGCCAUGGGGAUAAAGAGAGCAUCUGCGAGUGUGGUGACAGCUUUCGAAGGCAACGUGGAGGUGAAAUGGCAGAUUGAUGACGGAGGGAUGAUAGAUGUGACGAUCAAGGCGCCGCGACAGACCAAGGGAGUGUUUAAAUUGAAUGGUGCUGCGAGAUUUCUGAGCGGAUCUAGUAUUUACAGAUUCAGGGAGAAGAUAUAGUUGGGCCCAAGAGAAUGAAUAUCACCAAUUCACAAUAGUAGUAACGUGGAUGUAUAGUAACUUGACUACAUU